AUGGCACAUCCAGAAGGCAAUGUUUGCGCCGAGGCUGAAACAGGAGAGGAUGACUACAUGAACAUGACGUUUGAGGAACCCGCGCCGCGCGUGGAGACCUCCCUGCAACGUAUAAAGCGGUUGAAAAAAGAGUCCCUCGCCAGGGGCAUGGUCAAGUCCAAGGCGCAGCUCGCGGAAGAGGAAGCCGCGGCAAGAGAAAAGGCCCUCACGACCUCGAUGCUGGAUGCCCCAACUGGCAAAAGAAGCAAGGGCUUCGCCAUGAUGGCCAAGAUGGGAUUCACCGGAGGAGGCUUGGGCAAGAAGGACGAACAGAGCGGAAAUCCGGGGACACCAGAACCAAUCAAGGUCAACAUCAAGGAGGACCGCGGCGGCAUUGGCAUGGACAGCGAGAAGAAGAGAAAGAUGCACGAAGCCAUGGAUGGGCGAGUCGCAAAGAGCGUCAAGGUCGACCCGGACGAGUAUCGGGAAAGAGUACGAAAGGAGCGAGAGGACGAAAGGCUGGAGAAGCAGUUCGAGGCUGCGCAGAGAGUCGCGGAGCGGAUGGACGACGAGCAAUCGCAGAGCGAGGUUUCGAGCGCUUCGAGACAAGGACCAGGCUCCGGAUCCAGCUCUGCGCCCUUCCCAGCGCGACCCCUGAGGUCAAUACCGGUUCUCUACAGGGGGCUGGUACGUCGCAGAGAAGAAAGGGAACGGGACAGACGGAUGCGGUACGAUUUGGAGCAGUCCUUGUCCAGACUGCCCACGUACGACGACGCCGACGAUGACGAGGAGGAUCAAAUUGCUCUGGGGAAGAAGCAGAUGUUGUAUGUGACUGCGGAGGAUUUGGACCAAGAGGACGAGGAGCUGGAGGAGUUUGACGCCCGCGAACCAGCGGAGCGAUUGGGGCAACUGGUGAAAUACCUGAGGGAGCGGCACCGGUAUUGUUUCUGGUGCAAGAUGCAGUACGAUGACGAGGCUCUGGAUGGAUGUCCAGGCCCAACUGAAGAGGAUCAUGAUUAG